GAGAGGAAGUUAUCUUUCGGUUUUGUGUCCAGCUUUCAUUAAAAAAAAAAAAAAAUGACUCAUUCGAAAAAACUGGCCGCAGUUCAAUUAGGUAAAAGUAAACACAUCCCUAACCUGCCCUGACUCAGACAAAGACAAAGCCGCAGCCUGCCGGAAUGACGAUGAAUUCCCUGACCCGGUUGACGAUUAGAUAAAACCAUGAGACAUCUAUGUUUCAAUCCUGGUGAUAUUGGUUUCAAACGCCUGCCGCUAUUUAAUGAUAAGGCUCUUCAAACCCAGAUUUUCAAUUUUUCUGGCUGCUUCUUGUUAUUUCGAUCCAUAUUUCUCUACUUUCGCUCUCGUUGCCCAAAACAGUCGGCGAAUCCCCACAAUUCUGUAUUCACUUUAUUCUGGAAAUGAUCUUUCGACAGAUAUAGCAACCCACUUGUCAAAUUGUAGUCAUGUAUUGGAAUUGGACGUAGUGUAUGCCCGUAUCAUCCGAAACCACUUCUUAGAAUUUAAUCCUGCUCCCUUUCAUUGGAACAAUAUCAUAAGGUCCUACACUAGGCUAGAGUCUCCAAUCAAGGCUAUUCGGAUCCAUGUUGAGAUGCUGCGAGCUGGAACUUUUCCCGAUUGCUACACCCUUCCUAUCGUUCUGAAAGCGGUGUGCCAGUCUUUUGCCAUUGAAGUAGGACAGCAGAUCCAUUCUAUUGGCAUAAAGCUUGGUCUCCAGUCCAAUGAAUUCUGCGAAAGUGGUUUUUUAAGUUUGUAUUGUAAAGCGGGAGAAUUUGAAAGUGCCCACAAGCUGUUUGAGGAAAAUCCUGAUCGAAAGCUGGGUUCUUGGAACGCCAUAAUAGGUGGCCUUUCUCAAGCCGGACUUGCUAAGGAGGCGAUAAACAAGUUCGUGGAGAUGAUGAGAAAUGGGUUCGUGCCUGACGGCGUCACCAUGGUUAGCGUGACAUCUGCAUGCGGAAGCCUUGGUGACAUAGUCAUGGCCUUUCAACUCCACAAAUGCAUUUUGCAGGUGAAAGCCACAGAUCGGGCAGACAUUCUAUUGUCUAAUUCACUAAUAGACAUGUAUGGAAAGUGUGGCAGGAUGGACCUAGCAUUCAAAGUUUUUGAAACGAUGGAAGAACCGAAUGUUUCAUCAUGGACAUCCAUGAUUGUGGGUUAUGCAAUGCACGGACAUGUAAAGGAAGCACUUGGAUGCUUCCAGAGCAUGAGAGAGGCAGGGGUGAAGCCUAACCAUGUGACUUUUGUUGGAGUACUGAGUGCUUGUGUGCAUGGUGGGACAGUUGAGGAAGGAAGAUAUUACUUUGACAUGAUGAAGCAUGUUUAUGGCAUAACACCGCGAUUGCAACAUUAUGGGUGCAUGGUGGAUCUACUGGGUAGAGCAGGGUUGUUCAAUGAGGCUAGAAAAAUGGUGGAGGAGAUGCCAAUGAAGCCCAAUACAGUAGUGUGGGGCUGUUUGAUGGGUGCGUGUGAGAAACAUGGGAAUGUGGAUAUGGCAGAGUGGGUGGCUAAGCAUUUGGAAGAAUUGGAGCCCUGGAAUGAUGGGGCUUUUGUGGUGUUGUCUAAUAUAUAUGCCGAUAAAGGUAUGUGGAAGGAAGUGGAGUACAUCAGAUCAGUCAUGAAGCAGAGAAAGCUUGCCAAAAUUCCUGCCUACAGCUUAGCGACAAAGUCAGGUUAAACAAUGGGGUGGUGGAAUCCUAUUUUGACUUUGCUUCACCCACUGGACGGAAAUGUUAUAUUUUCUUGAAGAAGAAUUGUCCCACGACCCAUGUACGGCUGCACUGCAUUGUCUGUAAAUGCAAUGGCCAGGCCAGCUAUUGGAAAUUUUAUAUCUCUGGUCUCAAAAGACCAGAAUGCAAUGCCAGAAAAUGAAAAAAAAUUGUCUUUCCAUUAUAUUCUUUUUGCUUAAGAGUAAACAUAAUAUGCCAGUAUUCUUGCUAUCAUUUGUGGCAAAUCAUUUGAUUUAAUAAUAUUACGAGCAAUUGAGCAUC